AGGCCGCCCUGCUUCGCCCCCCCGUUCCUCGCCGAGCGGGCUGAAUUCCCGGCGGCCGCGGCUCGGAGGUGCCCCGGGACUCGGUCGUGAGACGGAGCCGGGCGGACGGGAGGCGGAUGGAUGGCACUGACAGGUCCGGGCCGGCGAUGCCAGGGCAGCGCUCGGCUUCCCCGUGAAUUACACUGAUCUUCUCUGCAGCAAACCCUGGAAGAGACGAAGGAGCGAAGAAGACGGGCGCUCUUUCCUGGAGCAGAAAUCCCAGGCUGUGUAGAAUUGUGGGGCAGGAUUCGGGUUAUGAAACUCCGGGGCAGCGCAAACGCAGCCUGGUGCAAACCCCGACGCUGCUGUCCUUAAGGUGGUUUCUGUGCUCCUGUUGCUAGGAUUAAGGCUUUUGCAUUGCAGCAUGGAGAGUCUUUUGUUUGAGUUAAAUUCAGACCUCUUGAUAUGUCACCUGACAGUCUUGUGGUUUUGGAUGAAUAUGGCUCAUUGCUAUUAUUAACCUGAGUUGGCAGCCAGGCACAACAGGAGUUUAUAGGGAUUUUGAAAACUGGAACUGCUCGGGGGACAAAGAUGCUUCCCAGCUGGCCUUUGCCGGAGUUUGACCCAAGUCAGAUCCGACUGAUCGUGUAUCAGGACUGUGAAAGAAGAGGACGGAAUGUCUUAUUUGAUUCCAGUGCUAAAAGAAAAAUAGAGGAUGUUUCAGUGUCGAAACUCUGCAGCGAUGCUCAAGUGAGAGUUUUUGGGAAAUGUUGCCAACUAAAGCCUGGAGGAGACAGCUCUUCUUCCUUGGAUAGUUCAAUCAAUUCAUCCUCCUCGUUCUCUGAUCCAAAAGAACAAUGCCCGAAAUACCAGGGUUCUCGGUGCUCCUCAGAUGCCAACAUGCUUGGAGAGAUGAUGUUUGGCUCUGUGGCCAUGAGCUACAAGGGCUCCACACUGAAAAUUCAUCAGAUCCGCUCCCCUCCCCAGCUCAUGCUCAGCAAGGUGUUCACAGCUCGCACGGGAAGCAGCAUUUACGGCAGUCUGAACACGUUGCAGGACAGUCUUGAGUUCAUUAAUCAAGACAGCAAUACAUUAAAGCCUGACCACAGUACAAUUAUGAAUGGACUUCUUGGGAAUAUAGGUCUUUCCCAGCUUUGCAGCCCCAGGCGGGCAUUCUCAGAGCAAGGUCCGCUCCGCCUCAUCCGGAGCGCCUCUUUCUUUGCAGUUCAUAGCAACCCUAUGGAUAUGCCUGGAAGGGAGCAGAAUGAGGACAGAGACAGCGGUAUAGCAAGAUCUGCAUCUCUUAGCAGUCUGCUCAUCACUCCGUUUCCAUCUCCGGGCUCCUCGCUGAACAAGAGCUGUGCCAGCAGCUACCAGCGGCGUUGGCGUCGCAGCCAGACGACCAGCUUGGAGAACGGCGUCUUCCCUCGCUGGUCCAUGGAUGAAAGCUUCAACUUGUCAGAUGACAGCUCUGGUCCAAACCCAGGAAUUGUUAGGAAGAAAAAGAUAGCAAUUGGGGUUAUUUUUUCACUCUCAAGAGAUGAAGAUGAAAACAACAAGUUUAAUGAGUUCUUUUUCUCACACUUCCCUCUUUUUGAGAGUCACAUGAACAAACUGAAGAGUGCAAUAGAACAGGCCAUGAAAAUGAGUCGGAGAUCAGCUGAUGCCAGCCAGCGGAGUUUGGCAUAUAACAGAAUUGUGGAUGCCCUAAAUGAGUUCAGAACAACUAUUUGCAAUCUCUACACGAUGCCACGGAUUGGGGAGCCUGUCUGGCUCACCAUGAUGUCAGGGACACCAGAGAAGAACCAGCUAUGCCAUCGCUUCAUGAAGGAGUUCACUUUCUUGAUGGAAAAUGCUUCCAAAAAUCAGUUUUUACCAGCUUUGCUGACUGCAGUGCUGACUAACCACCUGGCCUGGGUCCCCACUGUCAUGCCCAAUGGCCAGCCACCCAUAAGGAUCUUCCUGGAGAAGCAUUCUUCCCAGAGUGUGGACAUGCUGGCCAAAACUCAUCCCUACAACCCACUGUGGGCUCAGCUCGGUGACCUGUAUGGGGCCAUCGGAUCACCUGUGAGAUUAGCGAAAACAGUUGUGGUCGGCAAAAGACAUGACCUGGUCCAGAGGUUGCUUUAUUUCCUCACUUACUUCAUCAGAUGCUCUGAACUUCAAGAGACACACCUUCUGGAAAACGGGGAAGACGAGGCCAUCGUCAUGCCUGGCACUGUUAUCACUACCACGCUGGAGAAAGGAGAAGUGGAAGAGUCCGAGUAUGUGCUUGUCACAAUGCACAAGAACAGGAGCAACUUGCUUCCCACUGAGUCUGAAGAGAUGAGAGCUCCCAACUGCAGCUGUAAAUACUGCAAAUGUCCCGUUUCCCUCGCACAGAACAUAGAAGGUGUUGCACAGCAAGAGAGAGAAGACACGCAAAGCACUCCUAAGGUCGAGCUGGAAUCUUCUUCAGAUGAGAACAGAACCAUCGUUCCUGAGGACGGCCAGGAAGACGCUGUGGAUGUGACACAACCGAGGCCCUGCCUGGAUACCAAACUAGAGACUACGGUGUGCACGGGGUCUGCUUCGCCCGAGAAAUGCGUGGGGACAGAAUCUUGUUUGGUGCCAGCAGCGAGCCCGUGGAGGAGCGAGGAUGCGCUGGAGGCGGGCAGCCAGGCGGGAGGCGGCACAAGGACACCCGGCAUCGCUGUGGAGAAGAAGCCGCCCGAUAAGCUCUUCAUGGACGCGUUCCCGUGCAGCGCGGCCGAGGCUCAGACAAAGGUGACUUUCCUCAUCGGAGAUUCCAUGUCACCUGACUCAGACAUUGAGCUGAGAAGUCAGGCAGUAGUGGAACAAAUUGCCAGGCAUCACAGCCCGCCAGCAGCGGAGGCAGGAGUGUCUGCUGAUCAGAACUGUGAAGCUAAACAAACUGUUGAGGACCAAAAUAGAGACUGUGGGACAGCUGAACCCUUUCCUCAAGUUGCUAGUGAGCAUCAGAGCUGGAACCCAAACCCGUACAGUGCUGAGAGCAUGAGUCUGUUUGAUGAAUAUUUCACUGAUGACAGUUCAGUUGACACCCGGACUACUGAUGAUAUUCCAGGGCAAGCGGCUUCGAACCUUCUUGCUCACAACAGUAGUGUAGAAUUUUCUAAAAAGCUGUGUACAAAGGCUUGCAAACCACCUAGUGAAUUUUGUAAAUUUAUGGACUCUGUUCGACAAGAGACCUACAAAAACUGCUUUAAUGAGCAGGACCAAAGAGAGAAAAUCUCUAUUCGCGUCCCCCAUGGGGACAGAGAAAAUGUAGAGAAAAAAGUUGCCCCGGGAAUUGAUUGGGACAUUCCAAGAAAUGAGAGUUCAGACAGUGCCCUGGGUGACAGCGAAAGUGAGGAUACAGGCCAUGAUCUAACUAGACUGGGCAGUAACUACUAUGGAGGAGAGCAAGAAGAUUGGGCAGAGGAAUAUGAGAUUCCCUUCCCUGGGUCAAAGUUAGUUGAAGUCAACUCUGUCCAGCCCAGUAUUGCCAAUUUUGGAAGAUCCUUGCUAGGAGGCUACUGUUCAUCUUACGUCCCUGACUUUGUUUUGCAAGGAAUAGGAAGUGAUGAAAAGCUGAGGCACUGUUUGGUGUCAGAUUUGUCUCAUGCUGUGCAGCACCCUGUUCUGGACGAGCCCAUUGCAGAAGCUGUCUGCAUUAUUGCAGACACGGACAAAUGGACGGUGCAAGUGGCCAGUAGCCAGAGGCGAAUGAUUGAGAAUAAACUAGGAAAAGAAGUGUUAGUCUCCAGUCUCGUCUCCAGCCUGCUUCAUUCCACUCUUCAGCUUUACAAGCAUAAUUUAUCUCCAAACUUUUGUGUGAUGCACUUGGAGGAUCGGCUGCAGGAGCUCUACUUCAAAAGCAAGAUGCUGUCCGAGUAUCUCAAGGGCCAGAUGAGAGUCCACGUCAAGGAGCUGGGCGUGGUGCUGGGGAUUGAAUCCAGCGACCUCCCCUUGCUGGCAGCUGUAGCGAGCACUCACUCUCCGUACGUUGCGCAGAUCCUACUUUAAAAUGCCAGAGGCCACAGACUUUGACUUUUUGCCUCUUUCGAAGCAAAGUGGAUGACAACUUGUUCUGGCUCCUUUCUCUUUGCAGCAAGUAAAACAAACUGCUUGUUGAGCUGCAGCACCUCCAUAUAUGACUGCACAGUGUGCAAACAGUUGGAGACUUCUCCUCUCCCACUUGGCCAUUUAUAAAAAAGGAUAAAGAAAGGAAAAAGGAAAACUGAAUUAGCCCAAGAUUUCUGCUACAGAAAAGUGGAGAUUUUAGCAAAGCUGAAGAGAUGCAUUUUUUAGCAGUUUCUGCCAUGAUGGCUGACCGUGACUUAUAGGGGGGAACGGAGGAAGAACUGCUCUGAGAGAUACGUGAUGCCAUCACCCCAUGUAAACUGAACAAGGGAGCAGCUGCCUUCAGCCAGGCUUCAGCUGAGGAGGAUCACGUUAGGAUCUGUAAUUCUCAAGCUGCAAUGAUCUGUAAACAACUUCUACUUUUUCGCAUCACAGUCCAAUUCUGAAUACUUCCCAGAGGAAGAACGGGGCAGGGGCCUGGUUUUUUGUUUUUUGGUUUUUUUUGUUUUUGUUUUGUUUUGUUUUUGUAAGAAGCUUAUUAAUGACAGUCAGCUACAGAAUUUAUUUAUGAUAUUUCUCCUGGGAAGAGGAAAUAGUGAGGGACAGAGGGCAAUAGGGAGAACGGAGGAAGAGGCCAACAGACAAACUAGCAAUUGAGAUCCUUGGCUGGAUGCUGUAACCAGUAUUAAAUGUUUAUAAUGUUUAAAUGUUGCUUUAUACUAAAUGAUGCUUUUCUUCCUCAACAUAAUCAAAACGUUAAAAACAAAAAUAAUCUAAAGAGAAUGUUGGCUGAAAUUUCCCUGUGGGUUCCCCAGAAUGACAUGACAAUUACCUCUAACUUUUUUAUGAUCUAUAAAAUCUUGGACCAUCAUAUUCUUUUUACAGCAGUCAGUCAGCUAUUGAAAUAAUGAACUAGAAGUAAUUGUACCAAAGCACUGGGGACAAAAUGAGUAGACUAUUACCCUUAAUUGCUCAGGUACUAAUUGAUACAUUUUUUAAAACGGUUCUUCAAAAAAAAUGAACAUUGAUUACACCAUAGCGUAGUAAUAUCCAAAUUAUUUUUUGACAAAUAUACUCUUGCUGCAGAUGACUCUAAUCCCUUUUCUACUCACUUGUGUAAUUACCAGCAGGAAAUGUUGUUUAUUUUAUUCUCAGCAUUUCUCUUUUACUCAGCCAUCGCUGGUUUGUCAUUGUAUAUACAACAGCUGUACGAGUAGCUGAUGGACCCAACCUGGUGUAAGUAAUGUAAAUAGACAGUGGGAGGUGGAUUAUGUUUUUGAAGGCUCUACUACCUCAGUUUAACUGGACACUUCAUUCUAGGCUUUGCUUUGCAUAUUUGUCCUAGCAGCCAAUUAAUGUUGCUGAUUUUUAGCGUCUGUUUUCAUCUAUUAGGUUUAGUAUAUUGAAAUCCAUGGAUUAUCCACACAAGCAGGAGACACAUACUCACUUGGUCGCUAAAGUUUAUAAAAUUUCUAUAAAUAUGUCAUUCUGUAAUCAUCUUUUCAAUAGUACAGCACGCCUGCUAUUGUUGUUUGCAGAAUUACUUUAAGUACAAAUCUAUUUUAACCAUUUGAUAAACUUGAAAACAAUAGGAGAGAUCCCUGCCCCGCCUCUGUCAGUGACAGAACUCUCCUCCCUUCCUUCUCUGGGGCCAGGAUUCACCAGGAGUGGUUUUUCAGUACUACUUAAAAUCUGUCACCUAAAACUCUGUUCCAGGGAGAUCUACGUGGCAAACCCACUCCUCCCUUCCAUGUAGGCCUGAGCCUACAUCAGGAAGUGACCCCAACAUUAAUACAGGCAGUGUCAUUGGAAACUCUUUUGUAUAUAAAAUCUAAUGCUGACUGCUGCAGGGGAAAACCUCGUGUUUAAUAUGUGAUCCAAGGAUUUGUUUCUCCCAUUUCUCAAAUGUCCUUUCCUUGCCACACAAUUAUAUUACAUCUGGCUUUUGAAAUGAGCACAAAACAGGGGCCCAGUUGUGUAAACACAGUUCUAAUGAAAUAUAGGAUUGCACUCAGAACAUGGAUGUUUAACCCUUUGCUAGGAUACAUGGAAUAGGCAGCAGUUAGUACACCGUGUUGUGCAGAGACUGGCAGCGGUGACCUGGCGGCAUCAGUGCUGCUGGGGCUGGCAGAGGACGGUUCCUGCCUGUGCCUUGGGAGGUGCCGUGGGUGAGUUCAUCCACAGCUUGUGCCCAGAGAGCUGGGCAGCUGCACCCUCACCCUGGCAUCCCCCAGGGCCGUGCCCAGAAUGAUCCUUACAGGAGAAUACUGGUCCUCCUUACUGUGCAAAUUGUUGGGGUCACUUUGAAAUGGGUUUGACUCUCCAGAAAGGCCCUUGCAGGGCUUGCAAUGAGUAUUAACAUGAGAGGAGAAGGAGGUGGCUGUUGGCUGGCACCUUCUCUGCUGCCCUCUGCCCAACACCCCCCAGUAAUGGCGUUAAUGAUGUGUCGAGUCAGUCCCAGACGGAGCAGCCACGGAUGCAGCUUCCUCGUCAUCCUCCCACAGCUCCAGUCCCUCCUGGCAUGGCAGCACCCUCUCCAGCUCUCAGCAGUAUUGUGGGCAGAACACAACCAAAACCCUUGCCUGAUGGGAAGUUUGCCCCUGAGUUAACUUUUUGGGUACGUGAACAAUGUGGUACGUAUGUCUGUUUGUUAAAUAAUGCAAAAAGGGAUUUUUACAGGAUAUAGCAUUGACUUUUUAAAUAUAUCACAAUUCUUUUAUGUGAAUAGAAAGCUAAUGUUUGAUUUCUUUUUUCCACUAUUCCCAAUCCAUUAUUAACAUGUCUUAAUUUUCUGGCUGAAACCUAAGUGUACUAGGCACACCAAUUAGCAAAUUUGAUUUUGUUGCAAUUGGCAAACACUGGGCUGCUAAGAACAAAAAACUGUUUAAAAGAACAGAUUUUACACCUUGCAUAUGUUUUCCCUCUUAGUUCUUAGAGAUGUUUUAUGACAAUUUUUUGCUUUCUCUAAAUUAUUUAGAUGGUGGUACUUGUAAAAUGCUGGGUAAAAUGUACAUACUUGUUAUCUCUUCUGUUUUUGUAUAUAUUUCCCAAGAUGUGUUCUUGUAUUAUAAUAACCAUUCCCAAUUUUAGGGGAAAUUUGUGCAAUAAAUACAGUAUGUCAGUUUA